AUGGCGACAGAGGAGAUGGGCCGUGUUGUGUUGGGCUUGUAUUUCGUGCGAAGUCUUCCAUUCUUCGAGAGGAAACCAGGACCCCCCGAUCUCGCGGAGCCGAGGCGAGCUCCUUUGCUGCGACGGAGAGAGAGAGAGAGCGCGGCCGCCGCGCGCGCCGUCGUCUUCUACCUCUCCGGCCGCGGGCUCCGGCGAGUGCACCCACCACCACGCCGCGUUCGUCCACCUCGACGAGCCACCGCCUUCGUCCAUCUCCGCAUCUCGACGAGCACGCAGCUUAAGUUUCCGAGGGUUGAAGCCGCCGCCGUCGCCGUCGUCGACCCCUCCGGCUGCGAGCUCCGGGACCGCACCGUGCCCCACGCCACCUCCUCCGCGCCGUCCACCGCACCGAGCACACGAAGGGAAGCCUGCAACGCCACCAGAAAUGGGAAAAAAAACCAACAAAGGCGAAGGAUCAGCGGUGACGCGACUGGUAGAUUCCUCGAGGCGUUAGCGCUUGUGAGGCAGUUACACCCCGAGACGGACGAGGAGGUGCUCUUCUACCGCCGAUACGGGAUAGCUAUGCUAUUCUGUCCAGAUGAUUUCCUGUCGUGUUUGAUCUGCAUGGAGGCCUCGCAGUGCGAUGACCCACGCUACAUUCCAAAGCACAAGUUCGGGAGACACAUGUCUAGACAUCAUUCUAAGGCCACCGUCAAGUGCAAAGAUUGCCUGCUUGCGUUCGAUACGGCAGCAGCCGCUGGCAAGCAUCACCACUACGCUCAUUCACUUCCAAGCGGGUGGUGGAACUUUCCCACCUGAGCAUGGCCCUUCAUAAGUUCGUACAAGUCUACUACCAGCUGGUAAUUGAUUAAUCAGCUAACUGUUGUGAAGGGUUUCGUCGGAAAAGUAAGAAGCACACCAGAUCGGGAAAUAUUAACUCUCAAUAAAACAAUGGAUCGAGUUCGACCUGUUUCCCGAAUAUAGACUGAUCUCCUCUAUUACUCGAGUUAAGAACUUUUUCCCCGCUAGCUGUGGAUCGGUGAAUUACUUGACCGAGGGCAAAUGUAAGACACAUUAUUGCUGGCACAUUUGUUUGUUCUCGUUGCUAUCAUCCAGGCCACCUGUUUUUGUGGGCUUGCUGCUGAUCGAAUAUACAUAUGUGGACCGGGCUAGAAAAUAUAAAUGGAAAUUCAUCUGUUUGUGCUUCGAUCGAUGCAUGGGCACACGAUCGACUACACAAUUUGGUUCUGAAGUAUUCGGUGAACAUGGAUUGUUAAGCUAAAUAAUUAGUUCAACGUUAGCUAUAUGGGUCUUCUAGUGUUUGGUUCUCUAGAGUCUAGCCAUCUUGCUUAGGUACGGUUCU